AUGGGCAAGUCCUCCGAGAGCUGCGAACAUGUCGAGCAGUACUCCGCCGGUGAUUUUGAUGAUUCCAUCGAGGAGACCAAGCCCUCGCGCGCCGUCUGGCUCAUCACCUUUACUGUCGCCAUGGGCGGUUUCCUGUUUGGUUAUGAUACCGGUGUCAUCUCCGCCGUCUUGGUCACCAUUGGCGACGAUCUCGGCCACGAAUUGUCUUCUCACGAGCAGGAGCUCGUCACAUCCUUGACGUCUGGAGGCGCCCUCAUCGGUGCCCUAAUUGCCGGUCUGCCCGCCGACAAGUUUGGCCGAAAGCUGGGAAUCUACAUCGGCUGCUUCCUCUUCCUCGUCGGAUCCAUCAUCCAGGCUGCAUCCUUUACCGUUGUCCAAAUGUCGGUUGGUCGCUUCGUCGUCGGUCUGGGUGUCGGUUCCGCUGCCAUGAUCAUUCCUCUCUAUAUCGGUGAACUUGCUCCUGCGAAAUACCGAGGCCGCAUGAUUGCCUUUGACAAUCUCAGCGUCACUUUCGGCCAGCUUAUUUCCUACGCCUUCGGCGCCGCCUUGACCGAUGCUGCUCACGGCUGGAGAAUCAUGGUUGCCAUCGGCGGCAUCCCUCCCAUCAUCCUCGCAUGCCUCCUCCCCAAGUGCCCCGAGUCGCCCCGACAGCUCAUUGCCCACGGCAAGGUCGAAGAGGCCCGCAAGGUCAUUGCCCAGGUCUACUCCAGCGCCACCGAGGAGCAGCUCAAGUCAAAGAUGGACCGUCUCGUCUGGACCGUCGAGGUCGAAUCGCAAGUCGUUGCAGACAAAUCUCUCUGGUGGCAGUUCAAGCAGCUCCACUGCGUACCCUCCAACCUUCGCGCCCUCAUUGUGGCAUGCGCUGUUAUGGCUAUCUCCCAGCUCGGUGGUUUCAAUACUCUCAUGUACUACUCUGCUACCCUCUUUGGCCUUGUCGGCUUCAACAAGCCUACCGCGGUCGCCGUCGUCGUCGGCGCUACCAACUUCUGCUUCAGUUUCGUUAACCUUGUUCUCGUUGACAAGCUGGGACGCCGUAUCAUUCUCCUCGUCACCGUCGCCGGCAUGGCUCUGAGCUUGACCGUUGCCGCUGUUGCUUUCCACUACAUUCCCAUUUCUAAAGACCUUGUCCUCGAGUCCACAUCCGUCAACUGGGCCGGAAUCCUGGUUCUCGUCACCAUCAUCGUUUACGUCGCCUGCUUCGCUACCGGUGUUGCCACCAUUGCCUGGAUUGGAACCGAGCUCCUCCCCCUCGAGGUUCGUGCCCUGGGAACCAUGAUGAACACCGUCACCUGCUGGGGCUGCAACAUCAUCAUUGCCUCUACUUUCUUGUCCAUGAUGAAGGGCAUGACCCCCAGUGGUGCUUUCGGCUUUUAUGCAGCCAUCUGUGGUGCCGGUUUCACCUUCGUUCUCUUCCUCUUCCCUGAAGCCAACGGUCUUCCUCUGGAGGAUGUCCGACAGGUCUUUGAGCAUGGUUUCGAUGUUAAACUAGCUGCUCGCAUGCAGAAGGAGCUGAAGGCCAAGUACAAGGCAGCCGAGAACAAGGCUUAA